AUGUACAAGCCUAUGUUUCUUAUUAUCAGUGUCAGCCGUUCCCAACUGAGAACUAUUCUGUUUAUUUCUUCUUUUGUAGAGGCAUUAAAAGAAAUAGAUGAUGUCUAUGAGAAAUACAAAGCUGAAAAUGAUCCCGUUCAGAAGAAACGCUUGCAACAGCAUCUUCAGCGAGCACUAAUCAACAGCCAAGAGCUUGGAGAUGAGAAGAUUCAGAUAGUUACUCAGAUGCUCGAACAGGUAGAGAAUAGGGCCCGGCAAAUGGAGACCCAUUCUCAUUGUUUCCAAGAUAUGUCUGAAAAUGAAAAACCUUUAGAAAAGGCAAAGGUGGAAACUUGCCAACCAGAGAGAUCUUCACGUAGGCCUCGUCGCCAGCGAACCAGUGAAAGCCGUGACCUGUGCCAUAUAACAAAUGGGAUAGAAGACUGUGAUGAUCCACCUAAAGAGAAGAGAUCCAAAUCUUCCAAGAAGAAGAAGCGCUCCAAAGCCAAACAAGAAAGGGAAGUUUCACCUGUAGAAUUUGCAAUAGAUCCCAAUGAACCAACCUAUUGCUUAUGUAACCAAGUGUCUUAUGGAGAAAUGAUAGGCUGUGACAAUGAACAGUGCCCUAUUGAGUGGUUUCAUUUUUCAUGUGUUGGACUUACCUAUAAACCAAAGGGGAAAUGGUAUUGCCCCAAGUGCAGAGGAGAUAAUGAGAAAACCAUGGACAAAUGUACUGACAAAUCAAAAAAGGAUAGGAGAUCGAGGUAGUGAAUGCAAUUCAUGUUUUAAAGAGUUGCGUAUUUUAUAUAUAAAAAAAAAAAGUUUAAUUUACAGAAAAAUGUUUUAAGAAAUGCAUAAGACUAUGCAAUAAUUUUUAAUCUAUAGUAUUAAUGGGGUAUUAAAGGCUGUUGUACUU